AUGGCGGAGAGUGUGGAGGGGAGUGUCUGUUCGUACAGCGACGGGCUUGAGGUCUCACCCCACCCGAACUGGUUUAGCUCCGCUGAGUCAGCACGCUGCAACGACACUCACGGCCAAGGGGGAAGGCCGCAGCGGAUCGCAUUCGAGUGUGAAAGAGACUGGCCCCGGUGUAUUGGUCUUGACGCGUCUGGUACGCCUUUGAAUCUAACAUUACACUCGUUCUCCUUGGGCUUAAACUUUGCGCCUACGGACUUUCACCCUCAUCGAACGACAGUUGUAUCGAUACAACUUGCUGACACCGCUUCAAUCUACCUCGAGCCUGCGUUUGAUCCAGAUGCACCCCCGGAUCAGCGCCGACGUCAGCGGGGCACUGCUGUGCUCAACCUGGCGGUGGCGGUUACGUACACUAUGGCGGCGACGGUGCCGCCAGUAAAUGAUGAACGGGGAAAACUCGACCCGUCUGUGGACCCGGCCGACAGCGACCUAGAUGCGGAGGGCGAAGAUGAAACCGACCUGUAUGAGAUGGACCAACGGCUUCAAGAUGCAGUCCACCGAGCAUAUAAUGGAGAAAUCGAUGACGAUGGCCCGGAGGAAGCUAGGAAUGGAAAGAACACUGGCGCAAAUGGGUUGAACGGAGGAAACGAUGAUGAUAAUGACGAGGCUGAAUUUGUUGGGGCUGUUAAGCUUCCUGACGAUGAUGCGGGUUCAGAAGAAGAAUAUGCGGAGUCUGACGCGGAUGCUGAUCCCGGGUUUGAAGUCAACGAUCGUGAUGCGUCGGAACCCGAGUCCACUGAUCACGAGUCAGGAGCCGAGGACUGGGAGGCUGAGAGCAACGAUCGAGAGGAUGGCGAUGCAGAUAUCCGCAGUCGCGCAAAUUGUUUAUUUUGCAGUCAAGACGAGGAACAUGACCCGAGUGAAGACUUUGAGGAAUGGCUCACUUGCAUUGUUUGUGGUGAUCACUCUCAUAGACAGUGCGCUCGUGAACAAGAGGCAUUCGAUGACACAGAAGAGCCUUGGAGGUGUCCCACUUGCGUCGAAAACAACAUGCAGCCCGAUAGAUUGGCGACUCCAACGGCAGAAACUGGGACUGAGGUUUCUGGUCUUCCCAGAGAGCUUCUACCUGCCCACGCUGGCACGCACGACGAGGGAUUCCAUACCAUUUUUGGCACAGGUGUCAACGAGGAGAUGCUGAACAGCUCAAGAUCGUUACGAAAACGCAAGGCCUCGUCAAUCGAGGCUCAAGAACACACCCCUGUUCUUCGCAAACGGCUCCGACAAUCAUCCUUCCGCUCCGAUCACCCAAAUGCCACAGUGGAGGGCGGGGAGGGACUUGCCGAUGGCGAUACUCUUUCCCCUGCUCGCACGCGUUCUAUCCGCGGUCGACGCACUCGCGCCGUGGAUCGGGAGCUCUGCCGCGUGGUCACCCGACAGUUUGGAAAAUUGAUCAUGGCGUUCCGGCUGGAUGAGACAAGAAUGGCCAAGAUACUAGGCCCUCAAAUCAGGCCAGGCCGCAAGAAGAAGAAAGCACCGAAGCCGCCACCUGUCGCCCCAGAGCCCCAGGCGCACUUUGUACCUCUCCCCCCUGUAUCCUACAACUCCGUCACCUUAUUCGAGAGCGAUGAUGCCAAAUCAAAACCAUAUGGAGGCAUCUUGUCUGAAGUUGAGCAAGAUACCUCCAGGACACUCCCCACACAAUUCGACCGCGACCGAUUCGAACAAGCCCGUCUGAAAGCAGAAGAGGAGUGGCAGCAGAAAGUGAGAGACGCAGAACUGAAUGGCGAGGGCACUUCACAUGCAUCGCAAAAAGUUUCGGGUCCUCCUUCAAAAAUCAAAUCGAUCAACUUUGGUGGCUACGAGAUUGAGACCUGGUACGCAGCGCCUUAUCCGGAGGAAUACAGCCGCAAUCGUGUUCUGUACAUCUGCGAGUUCUGCCUCAAGUAUAUGAACUCAGAUUACGUCGCCUGGCGCCAUAAGCUCAAGUGCCCUGCUAAGCAUCCCCCUGGCGAUGAGAUCUACCGAGACCGAUCGAUCUCAAUCUUCGAGGUUGAUGGACGAAAAAACCCGGUCUAUUGCCAAAACCUUUGUCUUCUUGCAAAACUUUUCUUAGGCUCCAAGACUCUUUACUACGACGUUGAGCCAUUUUUAUUCUAUGUCAUGACCGAGUUUGACGAUCUGGGCUGUCACUUCGUCGGCUACUUCAGCAAGGAAAAACGCCCAAGCUCAGCGAAUAACGUUUCCUGCAUUCUCACCUUACCCAUCCAUCAGCGCAAAGGCUACGGUAACCUCCUCAUUGACUUCUCAUAUCUACUCACACGAAUCGAGGGGAAAAACGGCUCCCCCGAGAAGCCACUCUCCGACAUGGGUCUGGUGUCGUAUCGAAACUACUGGCGAUUGAUUUUGUCAUACCAGCUUCGUGAUUUGAAGACGCCUGUCAGCAUUGCAGAACUCUCUGACCGCACUGGUAUGACGGCAGAUGACGUUGUAUCUGCUCUGGAAGGACUACGAGCUCUCGUGCGAGAUCCCAUCACCAAGACCUACGCCAUUCGUCUUGAUCACAAAUAUUACGAGGAGGUCAUCAGCGGAUGGGAGAGCAAAGGCUACAUCCAGCUCAACCCAGAUGCGCUGCUCUGGACUCCAUAUAUUAUGGGUCGUAGCAAUCAGUCACAUUUCGAUCGUGCUCCCAUGCAUGCCAUCGCUCGUCGGGAGGAUGAAGAUGAAGACGAGAUGGAGGCGAGAGGACCUGACUAUGAGGGCCAUGACCAUAUGGGCAAUCGGACUCACGGGAAUGCUCUCGCGGACUCCGCUGGGCCGCCUUCCAGAAUGGCUCUGCAGUCUAAUGGCUCCCACCAUACCCCAGCGGAUCAACCCGAAUCGCCCAAAGUUCCCAACCCUGCAGAAGGUAUCCCACCCUCCCGCUUCGAGUUCUGGCCUCCAAUUCCUGCCGCCCUACCGCCAAAACGCAGGCCUGGUCGUCCAUCUGGUAGCACCAAGCUCAAUCGCAUGUCCAUGACACCCACAACCGUGCGCAAUGGCAGUCGCAACAGUCCUCGCCGACCCUCUACGUUGACAUCGCUCACACCUGGAGGCAGCACUCGCCGCGGUAGAAGCGCUAUCACGGGUUCCCCGGCCGCGGAGCCGACGCCCGACCAGACUAACGGUCUUGCAAUGGAUGAUGAUAGUCGGGCCGUCGAGGAAGAAGCUGUUGUUGUUGAAGAUGCGGAAAACGUCGCUUCUGUGUCCGAUGAGGUUGCAGGCGAAAGCCAAACAAUACCAGAGGGUACCAACGGUGACACUGUCCCGGAAGAAUCGGCGAAGACCAACGGCAUCGAUACUACCGAGCUGGAGGCCGAGGCGUCCGAGGAGGCGACUGCCAAGACCCCCGAGGACUCCAAUAUCACCUUGCGGUCGCCGGGGACAGCAAAAGAGGACCCCAAGACGCCGCGAUCGGUCAAGAAGGCUUUAGUUGAGAAAGUGCAUUUCAUGGUUCCUGCUGAACCCGAGUCUACCACCAAGUCACCUAAUAAGGGCGACGGCCAAAAUGCUGUACCCGAUACCAAUGGGAUCGGCGCAGGUUCGGAUGAAGAUGCAGAUGCGGACGGCGAGAUUGACGCCGAGUACGAAGUGGAUGGGGACGUUGUGAUGCAGACAUGA